GCGGGGUUAGUCCUUCAUUAUCAAGGAGACGACCCCAAGUCAAACACUGAGUGCAAACGAGGAUUAUUAAAUAGCCAGAACUUGGAUAGCUUUCUCUAACACCAAGAGAGAAAGAGAAGAGAGAGUGAGAGAGUAAGUAAGGAUGGGUUUUGCAGAGAAGAAUUCUUAUGAUAUUCGUUUUCUUUUGUUCAUAUCCAUAAUUUUGAGCUGUUCUAUUUCAGCUUCUGCAACUAUCGCAGAAGCAAAUGCUCUUCUGAAAUGGAAAUCCACUUUCACGAACCAGAGUCACUCAUCAAAGCUGUCUUCAUGGGUCAAUGAUGCUAACACCAAUACUAGCUUUUCCUGCACCAGUUGGUAUGGUGUUUCCUGCAACUCACGAGGGAGUCUCGAAAAGUUAAACCUCACUGACAACGCUAUAGAAGGUACUUUCCAAGAUUUCCCCUUCUCUUCUCUCCCAAACCUUGCUUACAUUGAUUUUAGCAUGAACCGUUUCUCUGGAACCAUCCCUCCUCAAUUCGGAAACCUCUCUAAACUCAUCUACUUUGACCUCUCCACAAACCACUUAACUAGAGAAAUCCCACCUGAGCUUGGCAAUUUGCAAAACCUCAAAACCCUCUAUCUUUCUAAUAACAAACUUGCCGGUUCAAUUCCUUCUUCCUUAGGGAAACUCAAGAACUUGACGGUUCUUUAUCUUCAUCACAAUUAUCUAACUCGUGUCAUUCCCCCGGAACUAGGCAACAUGGAAUCCAUGACAGAUUUAUCGUUAGAUAACAACAAACUUACCGGUUCAAUUCCUUCUUCCUUAGGAAAUCUCAAGAACUUGACGGUUCUUUAUCUUCACCAGAAUUACCUAACUGGUGACAUUCCCCCAGAACUAGGCAAUAUGGAAUCCAUGACAGAUUUAGCAUUAAGUGAGAACAAACUUACCGGUUCAAUUCCUUCUUCCUUAGGAAAUCUCAAGAACUUGACGGAUGUUUAUCUUUACCAGAAUUAUCUAACUGGUGUCAUUCCCCCAGAACUAGGAAACAUGGAAUCCAUGACAAAAUUAGAGUUACGUAACAACAAACUUGCCGGUUCAAUUCCUUCUUCCUUAGGAAAUCUCAAGAACUUGACGGUUCUUUAUCUUGACCAGAAUUAUCUAACUGGUGACAUUCCCCUAGAACUAGGCAACAUAGAAUCCAUGACAGAUUUAGCUUUAAGUCAAAACAAACUUACCGGAUCAAUUCCUUCUUCCUUAGGAAAUCUCAAGAAUUUGACGGUUCUUUAUCUUCACCAGAAUUAUCUAACUGGUGUCAUUCCCCCGGAACUAGGUAACAUGGAAUCUAUGACAGAUUUAUCGUUAAGUCAGAACAAACUUACCAGUUCAAUUCCUUCUUCCUUAGGAAAUCUCAAGAACUUGAUAGUUCUCUAUCUUUACCAGAAUUAUCUAACUGGUGUCAUUCCCCCGGAACUAGGCAAGAUGGAAUCCAUGAUCAGUUUAGAUUUAAGUAAGAACAAACUUACCGGUUCAAUCCCUUCUUCCAUAGGAAAUCUCAAGAACUUGACGGUUCUUUAUCUUUACCAGAAUAAUCUAACUGGUGACAUUCCCCCAGAACUAGGCAACAUGGAAUCCAUGACAGAUUUAGAAUUAAGUCAGAACAAACUUACUGGAUCAAUUCCUUCUUCCUUAGGAAAUCUCAAGGACUUAACGGUUCUUUAUCUUGACCAGAAUUAUCUAACUGGUGUCAUUCCCCCCGAACUAGGCAACAUGGAAUCCAUGAUCAGUUUAGAUUUAAGUGAAAACAAACUUACUGGUUCAAUUCCUGAUUCCUUUUGUAACUUUACCAAGCUGGGAUCGUUGUUCCUCCGUGAUAACCAGCUCUCUGGUCAGAUUCCAUUGGGAGUUACAAACUCCUCAGAGCUAACUGCUUUUAUAAUCGACAGAAACAACUUCAAUGGUUUCUUGCCUGAAACCCUUUGCAAAGGUGGCAAGCUUCAAAUUAUCACUUUAGAUGAUAAUCACCUCGAAGGUCCUAUCCCAAAAAGCUUGAGAGAUUGUGAGAGCUUGAUCAGAGCAAGAUUCAUAGGGAACAGAUUCAUUGGAGAUAUUUCUGAAGCUUUUGGGGUUUACCCAGAUCUCAAUUUCAUUGAUCUCAGCCGCAAUAAAUUCCACGAUCUAUCUACCAACAACCUCUCUGGUGAAAUUCCAGAAGCAAUUGGAAAUCUCACGAAUUUGUCGAGGCUACGACUUAAUGGGAAUCAGUUAUCUGGAAGAGUUCCUGCAGGAAUAAGUUUCUUAACCAAUCUUGAGUCUCUUGACUUAUCCUCAAACAGAUUCAGCUCCCAGAUCGCACAAACCUUCGACUCCUUUUUAAAGCUUCAUGACAUGAACCUGAGCAGAAACAAUUUCGAUGGACGCAUUCCCCAGCUAACAAAGCUGCCACAGUUAAAUCAUCUUGAUCUCAGCCACAACGAGCUCAACGGGGAAAUCCCAUCACAGCUUAGCUCCUUGCAGAGCCUAGAGAAGCUUGACCUCUCACACAACAAUCUCUCCGGUCUCAUUCCAACAAGUUUCGAGGGCAUGAAAGCGCUGACAUACAUCGAUAUAUCAAACAAUAAACUCAAGGGACGGCUUCCAGACAAUCCAGCGUUUCGAAACGCAACAUCAGAUGCAUUGGAGGGAAACAGAGGCUUAUGCAGUAAUAUUCUUAAACAAAGGUUGAAUUCAUGCCCUAUCACUUCCGGUGGGUUCCAAAAGCCGAAGAAGAAUGGCAACCUUCUUGUGUGGAUAUUAGUGCCAAUCCUAGGAGCACUCGUCAUUCUCUCUAUAUGUGCAGGCGCAUUUACCUACUACCUUCGGAAACGAAAACCACACAAUGGAAGAAACACAGAUUCUGAAACUGGAGAGAAUAUGUCCAUAUUCAGCGUUGAUGGCAAAUUCAAAUACCAAGACAUCAUCGACUCCACAAACGAAUUCGAUCAAAGAUACCUCAUCGGAAUCGGAGGAUACAGCAAAGUCUACAAAGCAAACCUCCCAAACGCGAUCGUAGCCGUGAAAAGGCUACAUGAUACAAUAGACGAAGAGAUAUCAAAGCCAUUGGUGAAGCAAGAGUUCCUAAACGAAGUAAGAGCCUUAACAGAGAUCCGUCACCGCAACGUGGUAAAGCUCUUCGGCUUCUGCUCUCACCGCCGCCACACUUUUCUGAUCUACGAGUACAUGGAAAAAGGAAGUUUAAACAAACUCUUAGCCAACGAAGAAGAAGCUAAGCGACUCACUUGGACCAAGAGAAUCAACAUAGUGAAAGGUUUGGCUCACGCGUUAUCGUAUAUGCACCAUGACCGAUCAACACCGAUCGUCCACCGUGAUAUUAGCAGCGGCAACAUCCUUCUCGAUAAUGAUUACACAGCUAAGAUCUCCGAUUUUGGCACAGCGAAGCUUCUCAAGACGGAUUCGUCAAACUGGUCCGCCGUUGCUGGAACCUACGGCUACGUCGCUCCAGAGUUUGCUUACACGAUGAAGGUGACGGAGAAAUGCGAUGUGUAUAGCUUCGGAGUUCUGAUACUCGAAGUUAUAAAGGGGAAACAUCCGGGAGAUUUGGUUUCGAGUUUGUCUUCGUCUCCGGGAGAAACUCUGUCGCUGAGAAGCAUUUCCGAUGAACGUAUACUAGAACCACGGGGAGUGAAUAGAGAGAAGCUCAUGAAGAUGGUGGAAGUGGCGUUAUCGUGUCUACAAGCAGAUCCGCAAUCUCGGCCAACGAUGUUAUCAAUCUCCACAUCAUUUUCUUAGAAUCAUCUUCAUCAAUUUCUUCGACGAGGUAAAGAAAAAAACAAACUUGUA